CGAUCAGAGAACUGGCAGUGUAUUACACGAAGAGUCGCGAAUCAGUUCGGAUCAGAUUUUGCAAAUAACUUGGUGGUUCGAGACAUCGGUGGAGAUGCGAUUGCUUGCUGUUCUCGUUGUUACAGUGCUCACUAUUGGAGAUGCGUCAUUCGGAUCACCAAUAUUGGAUUGGCCGAAAAAGGAUGGGGACAGCUUGCUAGGAAAGGUGUCGAAUAUAAAGAAUGCGGUCUAUGAGCGAAAGCGUGAAUUCCUUAAUGGCGUCAACGAGCGAGUGUCCAAGCUCCUUUGGAUACCACCGUUGUCUUCAACCACUACGGAAUCUGUACCAGUGGUGGCUCCAACCGAGGCUACCGCAGAACAACAGCCUAGCCUUUGGUGGUGGCAAACGACACCAAAACCCUUGGCUACCUCAACGGCACCGUCGGUAAUUGGAAGCUCAUCCGGAGCUCCUCUCGUCGUCUUACAGGAUGAUACGGAUCGUCUGGUCUUUACCGUUGCUGAUACGGACGAACUGGAGCUACCGAACGUGUCAAUGUAUGCUCGCAGCAGCUUCAUCCCGGAGGAUCAGCGGCUUACGGAUUCGAUCGAGUUCGUGGAGCCCCUGAUCACACACGGACGUGGUCCACCCGUUCAACCACCGACAACGCCGCGACAUCGAACGGAUCGUCUGAUUGUGUUUUAA